GGAAACAAUUUAAAAAAGAAAAAAACAUGAAAAAGAGAAGAAUGAUAUGAGAGAGAGAGGAGUUGAAAUUGGGUCGUUGCUGCGAUUGUGCAUUAGGCGAUUAAAUCCCACCUUUUGAUGGCCGUAAGGCCUCUGCAAUUCAUCAUCUGCCACCACCAAAGCAGACUCCUUUCCUCCCCUCUCCACCACUCUUCCUCUCUCUUCCUUUCUCUCUCUAACAUUCUCUCUCAUCCCGGGUCAUCAUCAUCAGCCACAACCCCAACCCUCAUCCUCCGUCGUAUCGCUUCCAAGGCCCCACUUUCUCUCUCAUCACAACCAAAACACCACAGACAGAGACAAAAACGUCCGCCUCCGCCGCCGCCACAGCCUCCGCCUCCGCCUCCGCCGCACUCCCAUCACCUCGAACCUUCUCCGUACUCCCACCGGUUUAGACCGCCGCAGUCUCUGUCGGAAGCCCUGGCGCAGAAGAUCGGGAAAUCCAUCCGCCGCCCCGGCGCCCCCUCCAAGGCUAGGGUUUAUACCGACCUCAAUGUGAUCCGACCCAAGGAUUACUGGGAUUACGAAUCCCUCACCGUCCAAUGGGGGGAGCAGGACGAUUACGAGGUUGUGAGGAAGGUUGGAAGAGGAAAAUACAGUGAGGUUUUUGAGGGUAUUCAUUGCUCCAACAAUGAGAAAUGCAUUAUUAAGAUCCUUAAACCUGUGAAGAAGAAGAAGAUCAAGAGGGAGAUUAAAAUUCUGCAGAACCUUUGUGGUGGGCCAAACAUUAUAAAAUUGCUUGAUAUUGUCAGAGAUCAGCAAUCUAAAACCCCAAGUCUAGUAUUUGAAUUUGUGAAUAAUACAGAUUUUAAAGUGCUGUAUCCCACACUUUCUGACUUUGAUAUACGAUAUUACAUCUACGAACUUCUAAAGGCAUUAGAUUACUGCCACUCUCAAGGUAUUAUGCAUCGAGAUGUUAAGCCCCAUAAUGUGAUGAUUGAUCAUGAGAAGCGUAAGCUUCGUCUUAUAGACUGGGGCCUUGCAGAGUUCUAUCAUCCCGGUAAAGAAUACAAUGUUCGUGUUGCUUCAAGAUAUUUUAAAGGCCCCGAGCUUCUUGUUGAUUUGCAAGACUAUGAUUACUCAUUAGACUUAUGGAGCCUUGGAUGUAUGUUUGCUGGAAUGAUAUUUCGUAAGGAGCCAUUUUUCUAUGGGCAUGAUAAUUAUGAUCAACUGGUCAAAAUUGCCAAGGUACUUGGGACAGAUGACUUAAAUUCUUAUUUGAAUAAGUAUCGCUUAGAGUUAGAUCCGCAUCUUGCCGCACUUGUUGGGAGGCAUAGCAGGAAACCGUGGAUUAAGUUCAUCAAUGCCGAUAAUCAACAUUUGGCUGUUCCUGAGGCAAUUGACUUCCUUGACAAGUUGCUGCGAUAUGAUCAUCAAGAAAGGCCAACUGCAAAAGAAGCAAUGGCUCAUCCUUACUUCUACCCGGUAAGAAACGCAGAAAGCAGCAGAACUCGUGGCUAGUAUCUGACCCAAAGAUGCAGUCAACAAUUGUGUCUUCUUGUUCUUUUUAAUUUCAAUGUACUUGUUUAAGAGCUAGUUAAGUUUGCAUUUAGAAAGUUUUGUGUGAUUUGGUCAUCAAUUGUCAAUUUGUUUGGAUUAUAAUUUUAUGGACGUGUGGAUUGGUUGAACUCAACGUUAUAUUUUUACAUGAAUGGUUGAUUAAAUUAAAAACAAAGUCCCCUUUCUUUUGUUUCCCUCAA